UGUGUGGACCUCCCAGACCUAGCUCUGGCCAUCGCAUCGCCAUCAUGUUCCCUUCUUCAACAGACGGCCCUACCAGGAGCAUGGCCCCCUACUCUCUUUUCUUCAAGGACAUCGGACACGAGUCCGGCACGACAGCUGUUUUUCGCAUCGAUGAUGCAUCCACGUUACGGUUAUUCCGCGAGUCUAAAGACAUGGAUAUAAGAAUUGAAAAACACGGCGAUCUCACAUCCACGUCAAAUAUGACUACACCUCCUCUGCACCAGUUUCUUGUCAGCCCCGGAUCGAGAACAGGAUUGCAAGGUACGGACCUCGAGGUACAAUUGCCGGAGAGGGUGGAUCUAGACGUGUCGGAUGUCGGCAUUGUGGGGAGAAAGGUUACGGUGUCGGUUGGGGGACAAAGGAUGGGGAUGGGUAUUGUAGGCUUUGACUAG